AUGCUCGGCCUGUGCCUUUACGUCCCCGUGUCUAACUCGGACCCGAUUGAAGUGGAAUAUUUCGAGUCUAACGGACUUCCAUCUGAGUUGAAGUCUCUUUUUAACAAACUCAGCGUGUUCCUGCCGUCCCAAGAGUUUUCAGCCUACCAACGAUGGCGAAAGAAAACAUUAAAAAGGGAAGAAAACAACUCGGAUGGACAGCUGGACUUUGAGGAGUUUGUUCACUAUCUACAAGACUACGAGAAAGACCUGAAGCUUGUGGUGAAGAGUCUCGACAGGAAGAAUGCAGGUCGCGUUGACCCUAAAGAGUUCAUGCAGUCUCUCCGUGACCUUGGUGUGCAUAUUUCUCUGCAACAUGCGGAGAAAGUCCUUAAGAGCAUGGAUAAGAACGGCAUGAUAACAAUCAGCAGUAAAGACUGGAGCAAGUAUGCCAUGGUGGAGAAGACGGAGAACAUCCCUGAGAUCAUCCUUUACUGGAAACACUCCACGAUAUUCGAUGUUGGAGAGAAUCUCAUGGUCCCCGAUGACUUCACCAUUGAGGAGAAGCAGACUGGGAUGUGGUGGAGACAUCUGGUCGCAGGUGGAGGAGCAGGAGCGGUUUCGAGGACCUGCACUGCCCCCCUGGAUCGACUCAAAGUCAUGAUGCAGGUUUACGGAUCCCGAACCAACAACAUGUGCAUAAUGAGCGGACUCAUGCAGAUGAUCAAAGAAGGUGGUACGAGGUCCUUGUGGCGAGGAAAUGGCGUGAAUAUCCUCAAAAUUGCCCCCGAGUCGGCCCUCAAGUUCAUGGCUUACGAGCAGAUUAAGCGUUUAAUCGGCAGUGAUAAGGAAGCUCUGAGCAUCCUGGAGCGCUUUGUUGCAGGAUCUUUGGCAGGAGUGAUUGCCCAGAGCACAAUCUACCCCAUGGAGGUGCUUAAAACCCGUCUCGCUCUGAGGAAGACCGGCCAGUAUGCUGGUAUCUCUGACUGCGCCAAGCAGAUCUUCAGAAGAGAAGGCCUCGGCGCGUUUUACAAAGGAUACGUCCCCAACAUGCUGGGCAUCAUGCCCUAUGCAGGCAUUGACCUCGCAGUGUACGAGACGCUAAAAAACACCUACCUCCAGCAGUACGGCACCAACAGCACAGACCCCGGUGUGUUCGUCCUGCUGGCCUGCGGCACAGUGUCCAGUACCUGCGGUCAGCUCGCCAGUUACCCCCUGGCUCUGGUCCGAACCCGCAUGCAAGCACAAGCUGCAGUAGAUGGCGGCCAGCAGCAGGUGACCAUGUCCGGGCUCUUCAGGCAGAUCCUGCAGAACGAGGGGCCCACUGGGCUUUACAGAGGCCUGGCCCCCAACUUCCUUAAAGUCAUCCCUGCCGUCAGCAUCAGCUAUGUUGUGUACGAGCACAUGAAGACACAGCUGGGAGUGACCUCAAGAUAA